AUGUAUUUUCCGAUUCAUGGAGUUUGUGAUCAGGUUUUCGAGGCUCCGAUCGUUAGACGUCACAAUAAAUAUGAAAUGAUUAUCCGUGAGAACACGCCCCAGGAUUUGCCCCCCGAUGUGGUCAGAUGUAAGUCUACCUACUUUUCAAACCCCAUCCCAACCAACUCUCGAGUGGAGGAACAGUUCGACAAUUUGAGCCUCGAUUUAGCCAACAUUAGGAACAGAUUCGAGACCAGGCCUGAAGACAACCACAACAACCACUCCAACAAUAUCGAUAAGACUACACUUCAGAGGUCUGAGAGUCUUCACAGCAGAAUGCAGAAAUAUCAGAGCGCAGUGUCGGGAGAGAAGGAUACGACUGACUCGGAUGAGGGACAGCCUAUUGAGCCAAAUGGUGAUCAACCCGACGGCGAAAAGGUAGUGUUCAGUGGGUUAUCAUCGCUGAAGAGUCAGUGGGAAACGGGUUCUAUCGCUGGAGGCAAAGACGAGGCCGAAGCUACUCGUGACGAGUUGGAGGACUUGAGGAAGAAGUUGAGUUUAGGUCGAUCUGAGUCUAUGAGACAGACGUACGAAAGAGCGGUCAAAGAGUCGCACAACGAGACGGCCGCCAAUCGGUCCGACGCUUACGUUAUCGACUCGUCCGUCAAAACUACUUCUAUUAAAGAGAAGUUUGAAAAAGGAUUUCCUGAAAACGAAACCGAAGAGCAAAAGAUAGAGAGAUUGAAGAGCGAGAGGGAGGAAGAGAUCCAAGCGAUCGCUGAGAGCGAGUCCGCCGCCAAAGAGGCCCGAAAUAAGUUCAAACAAAUCGAUGCUUCGGCCACAAGGGCUCCGACUACUCAACUCAAUGGACACUCAAACCAUAUAAACGGUUCGAGCAAUAAGUUAACGAACGGUGAUGUCGUCAAAAGUGGUGAACCCAAUGGUGAAGACGUGAGCAUAGAUUCGGCUCAACUCCAGGAAAGGUUUUCAUACUUCGAAAACCUGCCCAAAGAAGCGCCUAAAGAGCCUAAAAGACAUCAAAUAACUCCUCCCAGAGAUGUGACUCAUGUCUAUGAGAACAGUGUGGCCGACAGUCACAACUCGAAUAUCAUCCGAUCGUCGGAUGCGAUCGAAGACAUCCCCAAAGUGGACACGACUAAGAAAAUGCUCGACAAGUUUAAGGCACUGGAGAGUCAGACCGAUAACCAAUCCAAUGCUCCCAAACCACUUAAGCGCAUAACUCCUCCACGAGAUACCACCGCCGAUAGUGAACACAAACGCGAAUCCUCUCCAGAAAGAGAUCCUAAUAUAAUUAAGUCGAGUCUGAAGAGCGAGGAGAGCAUCGAAGUGGAGCCGGAAAAGGCUAGGAAUUUGAAGGCCAAGUUCGAGAACUGGUCCGCAGAGAUAGACCGCGAGAACAAGAAGAACAACGGAUACGAUGACGAGGAAGAGUUUAUUCCACACAUCGAUACCACCAAAAAUCUGAGGGCAAAGUUUGAGGCCAUCAAAGACGAGAGCAAACCCAUCGACAAACCCAAGAUCAGAGUCAAUCGAUUUGUGGUGAUGACCACUUCUGGCCCUUUAGCACAACAGGGAGACAAAGAGCUCCGAUGCGAAACCAGUGAUAACGCGUCGGACGCCUGUUAUGUCUGCCGAACCAAACUCUAUCCGAUGGAGAAGUUAGAGUUCAGUGGAAUACGACUCCACAAGAAUUGCUUCCGAUGUAUCAAAUGCAAAUGCAAUCUCAGAUUAGAUAACUUCACGAUAACUGCCGACAAGUUGUACUGUAUUCCACAUUUCAAACAACUAUUUAUGGAAAAAGGCAAUUAUGAUGAGGGCUUUGGUCUGGAGCAGCAUAAGGACAAG